UUUGCAAGUCUGGUGAAUGGGACUCUGCUUCCAUCAGCGCUCGUCUGGGUGACCUCACGACCAGCAGCAGCCAAUCAGAUCCCUCCUGAAUAUGUCGGGUUGUUCACAGAGGUGCGAGGAUUCACUGACCAGCAGAAGGAGGAGUACUUCAGAAAGAGAAUCAAAGAUGAGACUCAGGCCUCCAGAAUGAUCUCACACAUUAAGAAAUCUCGAAGUCUCUACAUCAUGUGCUACAUUCCCGUGUUCUGUUGGAUCACAGCCACUGUUCUUCAGAACAUCCCUAUUGGGAACAACGCAGAGGACAUUAACACAACACUCACUGAAAUGUACAUCCAUUUCCUGCUGAUACAGAUGAACAUGAAGAACCAGAAGUAUGACAGAAAAACACAAAGAGAACAUACCAAGCUAUUAGAUUCCAAUAAAACAAUGAUUUUGAAGUUAGCCAAGUUAGCUUUUGAACAACUAAAGAAGGAAAAUAUUGUUUUCUACGAGAAAGAUCUGCAAGCAUGUGGUAUUGAUGUGAGCGACUUUGAGUCCACAGGAAUGCUGACUGAGAUCUUUCAGCAAGAGGCUGUACUUCACGAGGUGAAGGUCUUCUGCUUUGUGCAUCUGAGUGUUCAAGAGUUUCUCGCUGCAGUGCAUGUGUUCCUCUGCUACCUGCACAAGAACAUGGAGGAGCUUCAGUUUUUCUUUGAAGAAACACAAAAUAAGGUCAGGCUUAACUUUGAGCUUCAGUCUGAAAGUCCAUUGCAUUAUUUACUAGUAAAGGCUGUUGAGAAAGCAGUGCAGAGUCAGAGAGGACAUUUAGACCUCUUUUUGCGUUUUCUGAUGGGCAUUUCACUGGACUCCAAUCAGAACCUUCUCAGAGGCCUGUUCCCUCACACUGAAGACAGCAAAGACAGCAUCACGAAAACAACCGAGCACAUUAGAAAACUAUUACAAGAGUACAUCUCACCUGAAACUUCAGUAAACCUGUUUUACUGCUUACUGGAGCUCAAUGACAAUUCAUUAUAUAUGGAAAUCCAAAGUUACAUCAAAUCAUAUAAAAGAACCCGCCUCUCAUCUUCCAUGUGUUCAUUGCUGGCCUAUGUACUGAUGAUGUCAGAGGAGGUGCUGGAUAAGUUCGACCUGCAUAUGUACGAGACAUCAUGGGGAAACCAAAGGAGAUUCCUCCCCGCUGUGAGAUGCUGCAGAAAAGCCAUACUCUACGGAUGUGGUCUUGAUGAUACCUGCUGUGAAACUGUGGCUGUGGCACUGCAGAUACCAGACUCACCCCUGAUCGAGCUGGACAUGAGUGACAAUGAUCUGAAGGACUCAGGAGUGAAGCUACUCUCUGAUGCACUGAAGAGCCCAAACUGUCAGCUGGAGAUACUGAGAUUGUAUUGCUGUAAUCUCACUGGUCAGAGCUGUGAAUUUGUGGCAUCAGUUCUACAAUCAACAAACUCUCGACUGAUAGAGCUGGACAUGAGUCGCAAUAAGUUGCAGGACUCAGGAGUGAAGCUGCUCUCUGAUGGACUGAAGAGCCCAAACUGUCAGCUGAAGAUACUGAGAUUGAAACACUGUAAACUCACUGGUCAGAGCUGUGAAUUUGUGGCAUCAGCUCUACAAUCAUCAAACUCUCGUCUGAUAGAGCUGGACAUGAGUGACAAUGAUCUGCAGGACUCAGGAGUGAAGCUGCUCUCUGAUGCACUGGAGAGCCCAAACUGUCAGCUGAAGAUACUGAGACUGGCAGACUGUAAUCUCACUGGUCAGAGCUGUGAAUUUGUGGCAUCAGUUCUACAAUCAUCAAACUCUCGUCUGAUGGAGCUGUACAUGAGUCACAAUGAGCUGCAGGAUUCAGGAGUGAAGCUGCUCUCUGAUGGACUGAAGAGCCCAAACUGUCAGCUGGAGAAACUGGGAUUACAGUGGUGUGAGGUGAGAGAUGAAGGUUGUCGUUAUCUGGCUUCAACUCUGCGUUCAAACCCUUCACAUCUGAGAGAGCUGUAUCUGGGCUACAUUUACUCAGAACAAUCAGGACUCAAGAUGCUCUCUGAUCUACUGAAUGAUCCAAACUACGCACUGAACAAACUCGAGUAAGAUUCAUCUCAUC